AGCUCCAUCUAUUUUAAUCACGUUAAUCUUUUCAAAACUGUAACUCUGAUCAGUUUAACUUGAGUGGUUAAUUACUGUUGUUCACUAAUUCAGAUUAAAUUAAUUGUCGUUUUGAAUAAUCAGAUUUGUUUUUUUCUUCUAUUCUAAUUGAAAUCCAAGAUGAGUGCCGAUCAAAAUGGAGUACGAAGUGUACCCAAAGGAGGAAUGCUCUAUGGUGAAUAUUUAAUGUUGGAUCCAUUGCUUUCUUGUGUUGAACCAGUAACUCGUUCGCUUGGUAAAGAGGUUCACGAUGAGCAUCUCUUUAUUAUUACCCAUCAAGCUUAUGAACUAUGGUUCAAGCAAAUUCUAUUCGAAUUGGACUCAGUCCGAGAUCUUCUCAACAAAAAGAAUGUCAGUGAAUCAAAUAUGUUGGUUAUUACAUCCCGCCUAAACCGAGUGGUUCUAAUUUUAAAAUUACUUGUUGACCAAGUUAGCAUUCUAGAAACCAUGACUCCAUUGGAAUUUAUGGAGUUUCGAAAUUAUUUGUCUCCUGCUUCAGGAUUUCAAAGUGUUCAAUUCCGUCUAUUGGAAAAUAAGUUAGGGGUUAAAAAUGAACUCCGUGUUAACUAUGGCAAAAACCAUUACAUCAAUAUUUUUCAAGAUCCGAAGAUUAUUAAUUUAAUCAAAAAAUCUGAAGAAGAACCUUCUCUAUGUGACCUUAUUCAAAGGUGGUUAGAGCGAACACCAGGUUUACAAGAAGAAGACUUUAAUUUCUGGGAACAAUUUAAAAACGUUGUAACUUCAAUGUUAAACGAACAGAAUAAAAACGCUGAAGCAGAAAAUGAUCCAAGUAUUAGAGAGCAAAUGAUAAACGAUGUCAAGCAAAAGGUCAAAACCUUUGACACGAUUUUCGAUGAGACCAUUCAUAAUGGGCUAAUAACUCGAGGUGAACGUCGCUUUUCCCAUAAAGCUCUUCAAGGAGCCUUGAUGAUUUCAUUGUACCGAGAUGAACCUCGUUUUAAUCAACCUUUCCAUGUGCUCACUUCUUUAAUGGAUAUUGAUUCCCUAAUCACUAAAUGGAGAUCAAAUCAUGUUCAAAUGGUACUCAGAAUGAUUGGAUCACAUCAAAUGGGAACAGGAGGAUCAGCUGGUUAUCAAUAUCUUAGAUCAACUUUAAGUGAUCGAUACAAGGUCUUUGUUGAUUUAUUCAAUUUGUCGACUUUCUUAAUUUCCAAGGAAUAUUUACCACUGCUGACUCCAAAAAUGAAGAAAAAGUUAUCAACUUUAACUCAAAAACAAGAUUCUGAUGAGGAAUAAUCCAAUGAUUAUUGCUCGAAAUGCUCACCAAUCUUGUUAUGGUUCUGUUUUUUUUUUUUUGUUACCGAAUCAACUUAUUUUUCCUCCAUGAUCAACGGAUUAACCAGAUCAACUUACAGUUUAAAAAGAAAAGAAAAUCAAUGGGAUCCACUAAAAAAAACAAGCCCGGUUAUGGAUGCGUAAUUUAAACCAUCAGAAUUUAAAAUUUCUACCAAUCAAAUCAACUUCUAACAAAACAUUGAUUUAAUAUUAAUCUUAAUAACAAUCAAAUUUUAACCUAAGUAACUUAAUCUUUUAUUUCUACUUUAAAUAAUUAACAGGUUAUCAACAAUAAUAAUUGUGUAAAUUUAAAGAUAAUAAAAUUAAAACAAUCAAUUUACACAAUCUUA